UGCUGGACACGUCAAGAGGAACAUUGAAAUCGGCUCCUCUCGAAGCAAAACAAUAGAUUUCAAAACAACCCACGUUAGCCGGCUAGCUAGCAAUCAAGGCGUGCUCUGUCGCUGUGAAGCACAGAUCUGCAUACUGGGGAAAACAUUGGAUGUUUGAUGGGGGGCUAGGCACUUUGACUGUAGUUUGCAGAACAAAGUUUCCCAGGAUUAAUCCGUCUGUGACCGACGGAGAUUCAGAAAGGCCGCUUGUGUGAGGGGUGCCCGAUGGCCACAGAGGACAUGGAGGGCAUGUGUGUGAUGCCAGACAUGACUGGCAUCAAGACAGAGCACCCGGUCGGCGUGGGCGCAUCGGAGGACCCCGGUUCGCAGAACGUCGCUAUGGGGAUCAAGUUCAUCCUGCCAAACCGUUUUGACAUGAAUGUGUGUUCGCGUUUCGUCAAGUCGCUUAACGAGGAGGACAGCAAAAACAUCCAGGAUCAGGUCAACUCGGAUCUUGAGGUGGCGUCAGUCUUGUUUAAAGCGGAGUGUAACAUCCAGACGUCUCCCACUCCGGGGAUCCAGGUGCGGCACGUGUACACACCGUCCACCACCAAACACUUUUCUCCCAUCAAGCAGUCCACCACGCUGACCAACAAGCACCGCGGCAACGAGGUGUCGUCCACACCCCUGCUCGUGCACUCUCUGUCCAUCCACCAGCUGGCUGCGCAGGGGGAGAUGGUCUACUUGGCCAGUCGCAUUGAGCAGGAGACCGUGAUUAACCUGCAGGACGAGGAGGGCUUCACGCCUCUCAUGUGGGCCGCAGCUCACGGCCAGAUCGCUGUCGUCGAGUUCCUGCUACAGAACGGCGCUGACCCCCACGUCCUGGCCAAGGGCAGAGAGAGCGCCCUGUCCCUGGGCUGCAGUAAAGGAUACACGGACAUUGUGAAGAUGCUGAUCGAGUGCGGAGUGGACGUCAACGAAUAUGACUGGAACGGCGGUGCUCCCUUGCUUUAUGCUGUUCAUGGCAAUCACGUUCGCUGUGUUGAAAUCCUCCUAGAAAGCGGAGCCGACCCCACCAUGGAGUCCGAUUCCGGCUUCAACGCUAUGGAUAUGGCCGUGGCCAUGGGCCACCGACAUGUUCAACAGGUUAUGGAGGCCCACCUACUGAAGCUGCUGCAAGGAAUCAAAGAAUAACAAAGAGAAACAAAGUGGGAAGCUGCGAAGAACAAGAGGACAAAAAUGGAGAAAUAGAGGGAAUAAAAUGGAGAAAUAGAGGGAGGAAAUAGAACUCUGGAGAGACGGAUGGAUGGAAAAAUAUGCUCUUGAUGAAAGGACAGUCACACUUGUUGGGAGUUGCAAAAACGAAGCCCAUCUUCCGUUCUGCAUGUUUACAUGUACUUACAGCAAAACAGGGCUCGUCCAUUUUGUUGUGAUACCACUGGAGUUCAUCCAUCAAUGAAGGACUUGUUACUAUUUAUAGUUUGUGUCUGUGCAUGUGAAAGGUAGCGCAAAAGGAAAACUAUCUUGAAACAUUAACCAGGGUGUUUUUGUUUGUUUGUUUGUGUAUUUGUUUGUCUGUUUUUAACUGAGACUGUACAAGGGUACUCCAAGUAAGAGGUUCAGUGAUUCAACACAAACACAUUAACUCAGAGGAAGUAGGAACCCCUCCCAUGUUUCAUAUCCUGUGACGGUGCCUCACUCUGACAGGUAAGAUGUGGACACCUGAACAGCAAUGGACUUGACAAAGAAUUCGACCCAGUUCUGCUCCCACCUUGGGGGUCAUCUGGGUGGACAGGCCUCCACUAUGCCUAAAGGAACCUCUCUAACCAUGCAACACCUGUUUAAAACCAUGGGUAGAGAUUCUCCUCCGUUAUGCCUAAAGGACCCUCUCUUACCAUGCAACAUCUGUUUAAAACCAUGGGUAGAGAUUCUCCUCCGUUAUACCUAAAGGAACCUCUCUUACCAUGCAACACCUGUUUAAAACCAUGGGCAAAAUUGGGUUGUAAUUUGUGUGACGUAUUUAUUUUUGUGCCGUGUUUUUUUUGUGUUAGAAGUGACUCCAGUAGGAGUUAACCAAAUGAAGUGAACACCGCAAACUAAAAUGCCUGAUUGAGUAACUGCUACAUGGUGUUUAAACUACUGACUGAGCUCCAUGGUGUUAAACUACUGACUAAAUUGAGGUGAAAAAAGGGAUCUUCUUGGUGUUGUUAGAUGAUAGCAAAUAAUUAUUAAAAAAAACAGUCAUAUUACGUUUGCAACAUAUUUGCUUAACUUAUCGGUGCUAUUUUGUCCAUCAAAAUAAACAUACCAUAACUGGUAA